ACCUGUAAUCAUUGAUGAUUAAUAUCUGUUGACAUCUAUUUAUUAUACUGGUAGAAACUCUGUUUACUAUAAUGCUGUGUUAGUCAAAGAUGAUCAAAAAAAUGCUGACAUACUAGUAUAAAUAGUAUAGUUUGGAACACAUUAAAAUAGGUUACUAAUCAGUCAUAAUGCUAUUGCAGAUUAUAUAAAAAGACUAGCGACAGUAUAAUUCAUACUCUAAAUAAGAUGGUAUUACUCCUAACAUUCAUCAAUUUGGAAUUCUCAAAGUAGGAGAAACAUCUUAUCAUUAUAUUGUACAAUAGAAGGCAGGACCCUCAUUGAAAUUGUGUUUUUUAUUAAUGAAACGUAAGUUUUCAAUAUAGACAAUUGCUUUGAUUGCUUUAAAAAUGGUAAUUCUGUGUUUACUAAGUUUAGAUCACUCAUCUCUCAAAAUUACAUUCUUUAAAUAUAAUUCAUCGAUGCUUAAAAUUAUCAAAUCUAAUUACUACUCUCUCUUCUGAAAUAUAUUUCACUCACUUUGAAUAUUCAUCAAAAUAUAUGGAUAAAAAUGGGAAGAUUUUAAUCAAAAAAAAAAAUAAACUCAACUUGUAUAUAAAUAAAUUCUCAUCUAUAGGCACGCAUUUAUAAUAAUGUACUUUAAUAUCAGAAUAUAAAGUUCCUUGUCCAAGAGAUGAUCUAGAAUCUUUGUUCUAUAUUUUAUUACACAUCAUUACAUUAGGUAAAUUUUUACCUUCUUAACCUAAUGUGAAACGUUCAGAAAAACUUAAAUAUUAUUAUGAGAUUAAAUAAAGAUUUGUUCCUGAAAGAGAACUAAAAGGGUUUCCUGAAUAAUUUCUAUAAUUAUACCAUGCAAUUAGAUUACUAUCACCUCAUGAAUUUCCAAAUUAUGAUAUAUUGAAAUAACCAUUUUUUUAAUUAUUAGGCCAAAAUGACCUAUAAUUAUAAUUUGAUUGGAUUCAUUUACUAAAACCUAAAAAUAAAAAUAGUACAUCUCCAAGUCCUGUAAGAAUUAGUAAAUUAAAACAUGCUGGAAGUGUUGGUGAUAUGGCAUUUAUUUAAUAAAUAAAAAAGGAAGAUUCAAUUUCAGAUAUUAUGUCUCCUGGAAGAUAAGGAAAACCAACAAUGAAACAUUUUGCAUAUCCAACAAGCAGAAAUACUACAACAUAAUAAUUACCUGCAAUAUAUGAAGGAAAAGAGGGAACUUAACAUUCUAUUUAAUAAAAAAAUGAAUUUUAGAAGAAAUAAGGAGGACUUUCUAUUGUCAUUUUUAAGUAAUAAGAUACAAGCUCAUCAUCUUCAGGUAAUGUGAGUUCAAUGAGUGAUGACAAAUCAGAAGUUGACAUAAAACCAUUAAAUGGAAUAAUAGGUAAACUAGAUAAUGAUUGA